AUGCCUGAUCAGGCGUAUUGGGCUGCAUUUACCCUCCAAACCUAUAAUUGCGCCUUCGCAAUCAUGGUUUGGGACACUUUGUUGACUUUAUCGGAAGAGAAACGAAAGUACGUCCCGAAGGCAAGGAAUUACAUUCUUGCUUCUCAUCCUCGCUGCCAGGGUUUGGGAUCGAAAAUGGAGCCCAGCGAAAGUCAUAUUCCUCUUCAAGUAGGCAUCAACAUAGAACGCUGCAUUCUCGCUGACUGUCUACUGUAUAGCCGUUAUUAUGGUCUCGCAUCGAUCACAGUGAAUUUAUGCUUCUAUAAUAUACAAGUCCGCACUGAGGAUUGCGCCAAAUAUGUGAGGGCGGAGCCGUUGCUUGGUAACAUCACUAUUCUGUCUUAUCAGAGUAUCCUUCUGCUUCGAUGUUACGCUGUCUGGUUACGGGACAAGAGAAUUUUAUUCGCUGGAAUCGCGAUGUUGACUUGUCAAUUCGUGGAGGCCAUAUACGCGAUCUCUGGUCUCUUUCCUCUUCCAAUCACAACUGAAAUAGGACCUUGUGUUGUUCAAGGGCAGAAAUUCUGGAUUGCAAGCCUUUUCCUCUUUCCCACCCUGACGGACACAAUCCUGACCUUGGUCACCUUCGCUCGGGUACUGUACAUUGUCCCAAAGACCAGGUCCUCAGUAAUAUCCCGGUUCUUGAAAGAAGGGUUUCUCUUUUUCCUUAUUGUGUUCGUUGGCAAUUGUGCAAACGGUAUUUUAUAUCUCCAGGCAAACAAGGACAUCUCCACGAUUUUUAGCGGGUUCGCCAUAAUCUCGGGUAACGUCUGUGGAAACCAUCUCCUUCUUGGCGCUCGUCAUGACGGUUCAGCAGCCUCCACAUCGGACUUACCCCCUGCGAGUGGCGCUGGUCAGGAUCGUGGUGUUUGGCCUGGAACCGGAGUUCUUGUUCAUACGACUGUGGACGUUGCACUGAGUGACUUGCCGACUAACAAGCACUCGGCGGAUCUGGAGCGUGUAGAAAGCGUUCGGAAGUAGGACCUGUGUAGGACUUG